UCACGUUGUGAGGAACAUCUCUGCAGUCUGUAGAUCAGCGCUGUCUCUGGAUUUCCUGAAGAUCUCCUCAGCCGGAGUCACACGCCGGUAACAGUGAAGGACACGGCUGCCCGCCGCUUAGUCCCGGUUCGUCAGGUCGCUCUCUGGACUCUUGUUGUUCGGUUGGAGGCUCAUGGACAGCUUCGAUAAUCUCAGCGCCUCGGAGAAGGCAGAAGCAUCGGAACUUCAGAAGAUGAUCGCCAUAGAGCAGCAGAAGGCCCAGUUUCAGGCUCAGGUGCACAGCUUCACCGACGCGUGCUGGGACAAGUGUGUGGACAGUCCAGGGUCUAAGCUGGACUACCGGACAGAGACGUGUCUGCAGAACUGUGUGGAGAGGUUCAUCGACACCACCUUGACCAUCACCAACCGCUUCACACAGAUGGUGCAGAAGGGCACUCACUGAUCAUGGACCUGAUGAAAGAGGACUAUUAGCACAUAGACAGUUUUGUACCACGUUGAUGGGAGAGAACGUGAAGUGGACUGUUUGCUUUUGGCUGAUGGAGAUGUGGGAUAAAGUCUUCUAAUGUUUCUGGAUGUAGAUCUUGAAGGUGUUAUUAAACUCCCACAGGUUCACUAGUGGAAUUAAUCUGUGCUCUGGUGUGAAAUCUCUGUAGGUUGUCAAAAGUUUGAAAAAAGCUCUACUUCAGUGCUCCUAAAACAUAUUAAAAUCUUCAAAUAUUG